AUGACCAAAAUUUCAAAAUCUGAAAAACAUUCCAAAGAUCGUUUCGAUAAUCCACAAAUUUACACACCAUAUCGAAGUAGAUUAUCACCAUUAUUCAGAUGGCGUGGAUCGGUUAUUCCAAAAGUUUUACCCCAAACCAUUUUCAUUACCAUUAUAUCAAUUGCUGUUACUGCUCUCUACCAAUAUACGGAUAUUAAACUCUCAAUUCAACCAACAUUCAUUUCCAUUAUUGGAUUCAUUGUUUCUUUGCUACUUGGUUAUCGAACAAAUACCGCUUAUGAUAGAUAUUGGGAAGGACGUCGGUUAUGGUCAACUAUGGUAGUAUCAAUUAGAAAUUUUGCACGAUGCAUUUGGGUAAAUGUCAAUGAAACUGAACCAAAACACUUGCUUGAGAAAAAAACUGCCAUAAAUCUUUUAUUAGGUUUCGCUAUAGCAGUCAAACAUUAUCUUCGUGAAGAAGAUGGAGUUGAUCAUUCUGAUUUGAAACCUUAUAUUGCAAACAUAAAAUCAACACUUCCUGCAUUUCAUCCUCUUGAUAAAAAUGCCUAUAAAAAACCAAAUGGUUUUCAAAAUUUAUUUUCACGUUCCUUUAGCACAAGUGAAUUAGGUGGUGAUUGUAAAAAUAUAGUUAAUCAUAAUUUACCACUUGAAAUCUCAUUUUAUUUAUCUUCGUACAUUAAGCAACAAAAGAUUAAUAAUUCUACUGAUGAUGCAACAAUAGGUGUCAUGUAUAGCAAUUUGUGUACUCUUACAGAUUGUUUAACAAGUUUAGAAAGAGUUCUUAGAUCUCCUAUUCCUCUUGCUUAUUCAAUUCAUUUAGCUCAAACUACUUGGUUAUAUUGUUUAAGUCUUCCAUUUCAAUUGGUUCAAGAUAAUGGAUGGAUUACUGUACUUAUAACAUUUUUUGGUGCUCUAGUCUUAUUGGGUGUUGAAGCGAUAGCAAGUGAAAUUGAAAAUCCUUUUGGUAAAGAUGAUAAUGAUUUAGAUCUUGAUGAUUUUUGCGGAAUCCUUAAAUUAGAACUUUUAAAUAUCAUGGCUCAUAAAGCUCCAUCUCUGGAUGAUUGGGUUUAUUCAUCAGAAAAUCAUCCAUUUGAAACUGAUAACAUUACAGCCAUUGAAGCAAAAAAUUUAAAUAUAGACGAAGUUAGAAAUAAGUUGGAAGAGGAUAAUAGGAAACUAAGUUCUGAAACCCGAAGGAUCUCUGAUUCUGAUAGUUCUGAUACCAUAAAUCAAAAUGAAAUUUCUAUUCAUGUUAGUUCAUAA